UCACAAUGCAAAAGAUGCGUGAGGGCGGGAAUCCGGUGUGAAUGGAAGAGCGGACCAAUUCCGCGACGGCCAACACGACCUCUACCUUUGAAAAAAAGCGAGGCAGACGGCAAGGGUGGCAGUGAUAGUAUUCCGUCCACCAAAAUCGUGAGGAAACGUCCAAUCGGCCCAUCGAAUCCCUGCCCGCUGCUACCGGCACAAAAUCCUGGGAUUGCAGAUCAUGGGUGCAGUCUUCAAGCGGCCAACUCUCUGCGUUUGUCUGCUUUUGAUAGGCGUUGCCUAGAAUACCUCCAAGAUUCGUUCUUGGUGGUUGUGCUCGGAAAGCAUUGGCCGUGGUCGAUUGUCUCUUAUAUGUAUCACAAAAUCGCUGUCAAAGAGCCCAUGGUCAUGAGCAUGAUGCUAGCCACUGCGGCUAGUGAGAUUUACCGAGCAAAAGCCCAUGGCGGACAUGUUUCUUGUGGGAAGCACAGCUCGGCUCUAUCGGACAUGGAUGGACAAGUGCACUACGGAAGAGCUUUGUCGGAACUCCGUGAAGCUUUAAAACAAGAUGCAAAACCUACGACAAGAGUUGAGGCCAUCUUCAUUACCCUUUGGUUGAUGAUCGACUAUGAGGGUCGGUUUGGAAGUGGUGAUUCGGCAAUCAACAUUCAUAUCCGUGGAAUUGAAAGCUUGCUUCAUAACCAUGUUGUACCACUACUCAAAUUUCAGGCAUCUUCCACCCCUGAAAUUACAUCUGAGAGCAGAGACCCAGAGAUUCCGCCACAAGCGCAUAUCCACACUUCCCAUUCAAAUGACCUGGAGACUACAUCGUCUGGCUUACAAUCCGGCCCUCCAUUGGAUGGAUUCUACCACACCUCAAUUCCAUUAUUCAUACUUUGGACACUAUACUUCUUCACGCCAGCAGCUCUCUUUUUCGGUUCAGGAUCGACGCGUCUAGAUACAGAUCUCUUCCGGUUUCUACUCUGCGCAGACCCCGAAAAGAGAUUGCCAUUAAGCCUAACGGAGCUCUAUCGGUUGAGCAGACAAUCGCCUGCUCGUUUCUGGGGCGAGGAAUACCCUCUCAGCGCCCGAUUGGAUGACCAAGAGAACCUCCCAGGUCUGACAUUGUACCACCACAGCCAUGUUGUCCAAUUUAAAAUCACCGAGCUGUUCAAGCACGGGACAAUGCCAGAUGCACCGUCUGGGGAGGAAUCCCCAUACCAGCGGAUAAUCGGCGAAAUUAAUACUUUGUCUGUCGAAUACGACACCGUUCUCACCACUGCCGAAACCUCACGUUCCUGCGAAACCAUUGGUGAAGGCCGUCGUGUGAUGGAAACCAUUUACUGGUCGUCGAUAACUUACUACAGUACCAUCGUCUACUUCUACCUUUGCUUCCAGGAUCUGCUUGACAACCACAGUGGAUCGAAUUCUGUGCCGUUUGAUCGCAGCAACAAAUUGAUCCCGCUCAGUGCUGCAGUCUCACAAGUCCUUGAACUAAGUCUGAAGCUUCACCGCAGCCGACCCCAUCUCAUGGUUCGAAUUACCUGGCCCUUAUUUAUCGCUGGAGUCGCGACUUCCGAUAAGAUAUACCGGGACUGGGUGUCGAUCAGGCUGCGGGAACUGAGCCAGUACGGGCAGAACUUCAGUCGGGUCAGCAAUCGGUUUGAUGAGAUAAUUCAGGGAAGCGAAUUGUAUCUCUAUCGGAGAAGCGAUCGACAAGUUUUGGCAAGCCCCAGGAGGGACACGCCUGUUCCU